GGAACGCGCUCUUUCCUCCACGUGGCGCGACCUGCGCUCGCUUGUGCGCCUAGGGCGCAGCCAGGAGGCCGGGUGGUCUGACGCGGGAUGGGGGAGGAGGCGGUGGCAGCAGGACGGGGCGGGCACGUCCAGACGGAGCUGAGCCGCUAUGGAAUUAGCCUGGCAGCUGAAUAAGCCAUUCCAGACGCCAGCGCAGCCGAGGGGCAGUCCGGGUGUCCUGUCCCGUGUGAGCGCGCACCAUGGCCACCCCGGGGCUGCGCGAUAUCACGCUGCUCUCUGGCUCCCCACGUCGGCUGAGCCCACGGAUGGUGGUCAGAGGGGGCCAGGGCCCCAAACAUGGACAGCAGUACCUCAAGGUGCCGGGUCCCAGAGCCCAGGGCCUGCAGGGCAGCUCCCCUCGAGCUUCCAGCCAGCCACCUGGUGGCGGGAGCUCCCCCAACAGCUCUGUCAUCAACAACUACCUGGAUGCCAGCGAGCAGGUGUCCUCGGAGGCCCGUCUGAGCCGCAUGCACUUCCACGACAACCAGAGGAAGGUCGACUACGUGCUCGCCUACCACUACCGGAAACGCGGGGUGCACCCGGGCCACGGCUCCCCGGGCCACUCGCUGGCCAUCGUCUCCAAUGGGGAGACCGGCAAGGACCCCCACGCGGGGGCUCCCAGUGACAUUGAGCUGGGGCCCCUCGACGGCCUGGAGGACCAAAGGAAAGAGCAACGGGAGGAGUUUGAGCACAACCUGAUGGAGGCCGGGCUGGAGCUUGAGAAGGACUUGGAGAGUAAAAGCCAGGGCUCCGUCUUUGUCCGGAUCCACGCCCCGUGGCAGGUGCUGGCCAGAGAGGCGGAAUUCUUGAAGAUCAAAGUUCCCACCAAGAAAAUGUAUGAGAUCAAGUCAGAAGGCAGCAUCGCCAAGACAUUCAACAAGAUUCUGCAGAAGCUGAGCUCGCCCCUGAAGCCCCGGGUCCCCGAGCACAGUAACAGCAGGAUGAAAAACCUCUCCUACCCAUUCUCCAGGGAGAAAAUGUACCUGUACAACAUUCAGGACAAGGACACCUUCUUUGAUAACGCCACCCGUAGCCGCAUCGUGCAUGAGAUCCUGAAGCGCACGACCUGCUCUCGAGCCAACAAUUCGAUGGGUAUUAACUCUCUGAUAGCAAAUAACGUCUACGAGGCUGCCUACCCGCUUCAUGACGGAGAAUACGAUGGUGCGGGAGAUGACAUGAACGACAGAAAGCUGCUGUAUCAGGAAUGGGCGCGCUAUGGGGUGUUUUACAAGUUUCAACCUAUUGACCUCAUCAGAAAGUAUUUUGGAGAGAAAAUUGGACUGUAUUUUGCCUGGCUGGGGUUAUAUACAUCCUUCCUCAUCCCAUCGUCCAUCAUCGGGGUCAUCGUGUUUCUUUACGGAUGCGCAACCAUCGAGGAGGAUAUCCCCAGCAAAGAGAUGUGUGACCAGCAGAAUGCCUUCACCAUGUGUCCCCUGUGUGACAAGUCCUGUGACUACUGGAACCUCAGCUCAGCCUGUGGCACAGCACGGGCCAGCCACCUGUUUGACAACCCUGCCACCGUCUUUUUCUCCAUCUUCAUGGCUCUGUGGGCUACCAUGUUUCUUGAAAACUGGAAGAGAUUACAGAUGCGACUGGGCUACUUCUGGGACCUGACUGGAAUCGAAGAGGAAGAAGAGCACUCCCGGCCUGAAUAUGAAACCAAAGUUCGCGAGAAAAUGCUGAAGGAGAGCGACAAAUCUGUUGUCCAGAAACUGGGGACCCAUUCGACCGAGAGUGAAGACGAGGAUGAUGAAGACAAGCUGACCUGGAAAGAUCGUUUCCCAGGCUACUUGAUGAACUUCGCCUCCAUCUUGUUCAUGAUCGCCUUGACGUUCUCCAUCGUCUUUGGGGUCAUCGUGUAUCGGAUCACCACAGCGGCUGCUCUGUCUCUCAACAAGGCCACACGCUCCAAUGUCCGGGUGACUGUGACAGCCACGGCGGUCAUCAUCAACCUUGUGGUCAUCCUCAUCCUGGAUGAGAUCUAUGGCGCUGUGGCUAAGUGGCUCACCAAAAUCGAGGUUCCAAAAACAGAGCAGACAUUUGAAGAGCGCCUGAUACUCAAGGCUUUCUUGCUAAAGUUUGUCAAUGCCUACUCGCCCAUCUUCUAUGUGGCCUUUUUCAAGGGGAGGUUUGUGGGCCGACCUGGAAGCUAUGUCUAUGUGUUUGAUGGUUACCGCAUGGAAGAGUGUGCCCCUGGGGGCUGCCUCAUGGAGCUGUGCAUCCAGCUCAGCAUCAUCAUGCUGGGGAAGCAGCUGAUCCAGAACAACAUCUUUGAGAUCGGAGUCCCGAAGCUAAAGAAACUAUUUCGGAAGCUGAAAGAUGAGACAGAACCCGGGGAAACUGACUCUACCCAUUCAAAACAUCCAGAGCAGUGGGAUCUGGACUACAGCUUGGAGCCAUAUACUGGGCUGACUCCAGAGUACAUGGAAAUGAUCAUCCAGUUUGGCUUUGUCACCCUCUUUGUGGCCUCCUUCCCUCUGGCCCCUGUGUUCGCCCUCCUCAACAACGUCAUCGAAGUGCGACUUGAUGCCAAGAAGUUUGUGACGGAGCUGAGGCGGCCAGAUGCUGUGAGAACCAAAGAUAUCGGGAUUUGGUUUGACAUCCUCUCUGGAAUCGGCAAGUUCUCUGUGAUCAUCAAUGCUUUUGUCAUCGCUGUCACCUCCGACUUCAUCCCCCGCCUGGUGUACCAGUAUGCCUACAGUCACAACGGGACGCUGCACGGCUUUGUCAACCACACCCUCUCCUUUUUCAACACCAGCCAGCUGAAGGAGGGAACACAGCCAGAGAACUCACAGUUUGACCUGGAGGUUCAGUUCUGCAGGUUUAAGGAUUACCGGGAGCCGCCAUGGGCCCCGAACCCAUAUGAGUUUUCCAAGCAGUACUGGUCUGUUUUGUCUGCCCGUCUGGCUUUUGUCAUUAUCUUCCAGAACUUGGUGAUGUUUCUGAGCGUCCUCGUGGACUGGAUGAUCCCCGACAUCCCCACUGACAUCAGCGACCAGAUCAAGAGGGAGAAGAGCCUGUUCGUGGACUUCUUCCUGAAAGAGGAGCACGAGAAGCUCAGGCUGAUGGAGGAGCCGGCCCGGAGGAGCCCAGGCACCGGCCGACGCAGCCGGAGGAGCCCGGCCGCCAGCCCAGCACCCUCGGGCCGGAGCCAGCCGGGCAGCAGCAUGUCCUCGGGGUCCCAUCAGACCAACGUGUGAGCUGGGGUGCCCCGCCCGGGCACGGGGGCAGCAGAGCACCUGAGGGACCUGGGCACGGGGGGCCUGAGCACCCGAGGGACCCUGGAGAAGGGCUUGUGGGUGGAGAGAGGGAUGAGAGAGCGAGAUGGAGGAUGGGAACAGGAGGGAAGAGAAUGAUGCUGCUUCUCAGAAACUUCAAGCUUGGGUUUCUUCUAGGUCCUCAUUUGAGCCGUGUCUUUUGGGGGAUUGGUACCCCAUUUUGCAUCCAUCAGUGAAAGAGUUGGGUCUCCGCCCCAAAGUCCCCAGACACCACAAGCCUGCCCUUUGCUUCCUCAGGUCCCCUCCCAGCCUCUCUGUGGCCAUGAGCCAUGAGAGGCACAGUCCAGGCUCUGUUCCAGCCCCAUCAUAAGUUAUCCCCGGACCCCUUCCCACCAUCACCCCAAGAAAACCCUCUGCAUCCCUGGCACAGCCUCCGUGGAUGCAGAUUCAGUUCCAGGGCUGAUGGCUAUGGCCCCUGGACAUGAUGAUGAAAAGCGAAAGUCCAGACCUGGCCUCGUCUCCAGUUCAAGUCAGGGGAUGCUUUGAGCUAAAUGCAACUAGCCAUCGUUUUAUCCAAGUUCAGAUUUAAAAGAAUUGAAACCUUCUUUAUAAAGAUGCAUCUCCUGGU